CUCCUCACAUGGCGGAAAGGGAGCAGGCAAAGCCUCUAGCACCGGCGUCGGACCUUCCCAAAAGCGACGACGGAGAGGAAGCGCUGCAUAUGAUAAAAACUCGACGUAAGAAAUUCAUUAAAUGUUUCGGUUACAUUGCUGCUCUGACGACCAUCCUAGCUGCAGUGAUCAUAACUCUAAUUUUCACGGUGUUUCGAGUCAAGGAUCCAAUCAUCGAAAUGAACGGCAUCAUGGUUACAAACCUCGAGCUAAUUAACGGCACAACUCCUAAGCCGGGUUCCAACAUCACCGUAAGAGCCGACGUUUCAGUUAAAAAUCCCAACAUAGCAUCGUUCAAGUAUAGGAAUACCACCACAACUCUUUACUAUUAUGGCAAGGUGGUCGGGGAUGCCCGGGGCCCUGCAGGCCGUGCGAAGCCCCAUCGAACCAUGCGGAUGAACAUUACGAUCGAUGUUAUCAUGGAUCGGCUCUUGGCCAGUCCGAAUUUGGUGGCGGACGCCAGCUCCGGGACAUUGACCAUGAGUAGCUACUCCAGAAUUGGAGGAAGGAUCAAUAUGUUGAACAUCAUAAAGAGGCAUGUUACUGUAAAGAUGAAUUGCUCCAUGACAGUGGACAUCUUCAGCCAAGAAAUUCAAGCACAAAAAUGCAAGCGGAAGACCAUCCUAGCUGCAGUGAUCAUAACUCUAAUUUUCACGGUGUUUCGAGUCAAGGAUCCAAUCAUCGAAAUGAACGGCAUCCAUGGUUAA